ACUAUUACAUAAAGGAUACUCAAUUGAAUUCCUUUUCAACAAGUUUUCCCAAAAAAGAAAAGACAACACUCUCUAAAAGUGUUGCUUCUUUAAAAUUCUCUCAGCUCUAUUGUUGUCUUGAAUUGACAAUGGCAGAGGAGUUGAUAUUGUUGGAUGAAUGGCUUAGUAUGUUUGGUAUGAGAGCAAGGAUAGCAUUGGCUGAAAAAGAGAUAAAUUAUGAGUAUAAAGAAGAAGAUCUUAUGAACAAGAGUCAAAUGCUUUUGCAAAUGAAUCCAAUUCAUAAGAAGAUCCCUGUUCUUAUCCAUAAGGGAAAACCAAUUUGUGAGUCAAUUAUUAUUGUUGAGUAUAUUGAUGAGGUUUGGAAGGAUAGAGUUCCAUUAUUACCCUCAGAUCCUUAUCAAAAAGCUCAAGCCAGAUUUUGGGCUGAUUUUGUCAACAAGAAGGUUGGUGAUGUUGGGGGAAGGAUAUGGUCUAAAAAAAGAGAUGAGAUUGAAGGAGCAAAGAAUGAGUUAAUUGAGGGAUUAAAGGAAUUGGAGAAUGUGCUUGGAGACAAGCCUUAUUUUGGGGGUGACACAUUUGGGUUUGUUGACAUUGCUUUGAUCCCUUUCUAUAAUUGGUUUUAUACUUAUGAGAAAUUAGGCAAUUUCAAAGUGGAGGCAGAGUGUGCUAAAUUGAUUGUUUGGGCAAAAAGAUGCAUUCAUAGAGAGAGUGUUUCCAAAUCAGUUGCUGAUGAAAAAGAUAUUUAUGAGUGGGUUGUUAAUUAUAGGAAGAAACUUGAGUUAGACUAAGAAGCCACUUGGGUGUGACAAAAAAUUUAUUUUAUGAAAUUAAACUUUGGACUUGUUGUGUUCUUGUUACAAUUUGUUAUUUCUACUAGUGUUUUGGAUAUUUGCAGCU